AGAAAAUCUUUACUACAAACGCCGACGCCGCCGCCGCCGCCGAAGUUUCUCAAACGUAUAUUCGCGAAAAUACGCACUGUUCACUGCCGUUUCGAACCAGAGACAAGCAAAGUGAGACCAAUGAAGUGGUUGGGUGGUGGUGAUGGCAAUGGUGUAGUUCACUUGGAAAUGGACAGGGGACCUCAACGUACCCAGGAUGAUGCUGCGGUUGGGUAUGAGUUCCAAAGACAGCCUGAUCCAGAAUUUCCACAGUUUGGACAGAAGCAAACCCGUUGGGCUCUUGGAGAUGAUACUGUUAUUGAUAAUCAUGACAAAUGGAAGUUCCCAGUGAACAACAAAAUGCAACAUCAGGCCGGCCAGCCACCGAACAUGACGUAUAUGGAUCCAACGGGUAUGCCCAGGUUGUAUGACCUGGGUCUUCAGAACAAAAACGUACCUACGGACCAGUUAAUGUACCAGUUGCCCGGUCAAAUGACAGCUCCUAUGCAUAAUCCAUAUAUGCAGCAGCAGACCGUCCACACUCACUGUCCUCAGCAUCAGAUCUCUGUCCGUCAACCCACGCAGAUUGCUACAUCAGCGAAAAAACUUUGGGGCUUGGAGGCGAAGGAUGGCAAGCAACCGUUGCCAAUUCAUCAUUACACGGAAGCAGUUUGGAGGGACAACACAUGGGCAGCACCCGAUCAUACGGUGUCUGGACCAUUGACUAUGGGAAGACGAGGUGUGUUGACCGGUGGCAGCGGAGAUUCCGGAAGUAUUUUAUCACCGCGUGGCUCCGACACUGGUGGAGGUCUUGGAGUAAAGAUGGUAGAAUAUGUGCUAGGAUCAUCGCCGAAGGAUAAUUUGGAUCCGCGCAUGAGGGCGUUACAUCUUGAUGACAAGAAUGAUAAAGAUAAACCGCAAAGUCCUAAGGACGAUCAAGGUGUAGUCGUUAAUGGGCAAGCUGUCCAAAACGGCCAAGUAAAUGAUGAUGAAGGCAAAGGUUUCAAUCGUACUCCUGGAAGCAGACAACCUUCCCCUGCCGAAGAAGAAUUGACAAAAAAUGGUUUACAGUUAGACCAAGGGGUCGUAAUUCUAAAGCCCCAGGAGCAGUUGCCCCCUCAUCUUCAUCAGCAUUUACAGCAGCAGCAUCUUGCCCCGCAUUUAGGCGUCACCCUUGCAGAAUCGGUCAAUCAACAAUUCGAACAUUUCGGAGAGCAACCUCCGCAAGCCUAUGAACAACAUCAGUAUGCGGCGCCUCCGCCCCCGCAACCUCACCAAGUAGAUAGUGCAGUUUUACAACAGCAACAACAUAAUUUUGAUGUACAGCAAUUAUUUCGAUCACAGCAAACUCAAGCCGCCACCCCGAAUCCAGCACAAUUGCAGCUCUUGCAGCAACAGCAACAACAGUAUCUCGCGCAGCAGCAACAGGCGGCCGCAUUUCCCCAAGCUGCUGGACCAUACUUAGUGAACACCCAGCAAGAAACCUCAUAUCUAAUACCUGCACCUCAAUAUUAUGGAGUCGGUCCAUGGGUUUAUCCGGCACCUGCAAACCUUAUACAGCAGGGUGCCAGCAACGGUGCUCGUCGGCCACUUACGCCCAACGGCACCGCUGAAUCCCAACAGCAAGUGCAACCCCAAGUUCCUGGAUACAUCGUACCCUAUUAUGACCAAAAUGCAGCUCCUAUCCUUAUGGCACAGGGCGCAGCUAUGCGAAAUGGCACGCCAAUGCGUCUUGUCUCACCAGCUCCAGUUCUUGUGCAACCUCAAGCUUCCAGACAGACACCGGCAGCAUCUCUUUACUCGAGUACUCCUCAAAGUCUAUAUGGAGCCAAUGUCAAUACAUCAGUGAAUGGAACAACACUUGGAGGUGUGGCCCAAGGGGUGGGUUCAGGUUUGUUCCCAACAUUGCACGCGCCCCCCUCUGCCCAAUUCGGCAGUUCCUCGCUUGGCACCAUCGGCUCUUCAGCCGCUACUACAACUUCUUUGCAUUCAGGUUUAGGCCUGACAUCGACGACAACUGGACGGCGUGACUCUUUCGAUAGGAACACAUCCGCAUUCUCGCCAUCCCUUGAAUACAGACCGAAAUGGCCUGCUUCCUAUGGAUUGGGCGGAAGUCCGAGUCCUAUAACUGGCUCACUAACUCCACCGCCGACUGCACCCUUGCAGUUGGGCAAUUUGGUCAAUUCGCGCGUUCUUUCUGCCGCCCCAGGUGCUGAAGCCAAAUAUAGAAAUACUGUAGCUGCUGGUUUAACUACAAACGCAAUAUUUGGUUCCAACAAUUCACUUUUCAAUAAGAUCUCUUCUUUGACCGGUGUAGCUAGUUCAUUAGAUAAGGGCACCCAAGGUCGUUCCAGACUAUUGGAAGACUUCAGGAAUAAUCGAUUCCCGAACUUACAGUUGCGUGACCUUGCAAAUCAUAUUGUCGAGUUUUCGCAAGAUCAACAUGGUUCCAGAUUCAUACAACAGAAGCUCGAGCGCGCCUCUUCGGCGGAAAAGCAAAUGGUUUUCAACGAGAUUUUGUCCGCCGCUUAUAACUUGAUGACUGAUGUAUUCGGGAACUAUGUCAUUCAGAAAUUUUUCGAAUUUGGUACACCGGAACAGAAGACUACGUUAGCUCAGAAAGUUAGGGGCAACGUAUUGCCGUUAGCUUUGCAAAUGUACGGUUGCCGCGUAAUUCAAAAGGCGUUGGAGUCUAUACCGGCAGAACAGCAGCAAGAAAUUGUUAGAGAACUCGACGGGCAUGUCUUGAAAUGCGUUAAAGAUCAAAAUGGUAACCAUGUUGUUCAAAAAUGUAUUGAAUGUGUCGAUCCGAAUGCUCUACAGUUUGUCAUUCAAUCGUUCGUCGGUCAAGUUUACAGCCUAUCUACACAUCCAUACGGUUGCCGAGUAAUUCAACGCAUUUUGGAGCAUUGCACGCCAGAACAAACUGCACCAAUUCUAGCUGAGCUUCACACUCACACCGAUCAAUUGAUUCAAGAUCAAUUUGGAAAUUACGUCAUCCAACAUGUCCUCGAACAUGGUAAGCCUGAAGAUAAAUCGCAACUUAUCACCAGUGUCCGCGGAAAGGUUCUGGUGUUGAGUCAACAUAAGUUUGCCAGUAAUGUGGUAGAAAAAUGCGUGACACACGCUACGAGAAACGAACGUGCUGUACUAAUCGAAGAAGUGUGCGGAUUCAACGAUAAUGCUCUGCAUGUAAUGAUGAAAGACCAAUACGCAAACUACGUUGUUCAAAAGAUGAUAGACGUCAGUGAACCAACGCAGCGAAAGGUUUUAAUGCACAAGAUCCGGCCGCAUUUAAAUUCUCUCCGUAAGUAUACUUACGGUAAACAUAUUAUCGCCAAGCUGGAAAAGUUCUUCAUGAAAACCCCUGGCUCGAUGGGUUCAAUGGGUGGUGAGCUUGGCCCAAUUGGCCCACCCACCAACGGCGUUCUUUAAUGAACGCAAAUAAGGAAUAUAUAACAUCAGCAAACAAAACAAAAUUAAGAAAGAAAAAAAAAGAAAAAAACUAUUUAAUUUAAAUUCA